CCGGGUGACCAAAGCCACCCCGCGCUGUGACACCGGGUGACCAAAGCCACCCCGCGCAGUGACACUGGGCGAGCAGCUAGCCGUGACAGUGGGUGGCCAAAGCCACCCCGCGCUGUGACACCGGGUAGCCAAAGCCACCCCAUAAGCACGUGCUGUGACGCCGAGUGACCAAGCCACCCAGCGCCGUGACACCAGGCAAGCAGCCAGCUUGGCCCGUGCUGUGACACGGGGUGACCAAAGCCACCCCGCGUUGCCACACCGGGUGACCGAGCCACCCCAUGCCAUUUUGCCAGGAGAGCAGCUAGCCCAGGGCACGCUGUGACAGCGGGUGACCAAAGCCACCCCGCGCUGUGACACUGGGCGAGCAGCUAGCUGUGACGCUGGGUGGCCAAAGCCACCCCGCGCUGUGACACCGGGUGACCAAAGCCACCCCGCGCUGUGACACCGGGUGACCAAAGCCACCCCGCGCGGUGACACUGGGCGAGCAGCUAGCCGUGACACCGGGUGGCCAAAGCCACCCCGCGCUGUGACACCGGGUAGCCAAAGCCACCCCGUAGCCCCCAGCCUGCCGCGCUGGGGGUGACAGCCAUGCCGGUGCCGUGUCCCCCACCCCCGUGUGACACCGGGGGGCGGCGCGCGGCCAUGGGGGGGUUCAGGGGGCCGGGGGCCCUGCUGCCGCUAAUGCCACUGCUGCUGGCGCUGCUGGCGCCGUGGGGGUCCGCGGGCGGGAGCUGCCCCCCGCGCUGCGUCUGCGCCUCCAACAUCCUGAGCUGCUCGCAGGCGGUGCUGAGCUCGGUGCCGGCUCCCCUGCCCCGUUUCACCGCCGUCCUUGACCUCAGCCACAACAACGUCAGCCGGCUGCGCGCCGACUGGGCGCCGGGGCGCCUGGCCCACCUCCACGCCUUGCUGCUCAGCCACAACGGGCUCUCCUUCGUCUCCACCGAAGCCUUCGCCCACGUCCCCCACCUGCGGCACCUGGAUCUCUCCUCCAACCGCCUCCGCGCGCUGGAGGAGAACCUCUUCAGCGACCUGGCCGAGCUGGAGGUCCUCCUCCUCUACAACAACGAGAUCUCCGCCGUGGACCGCACCGCCUUCGAUAACCUCAGCCGCCUCCGCAAGCUUUACCUGGGGCAAAACCGCAUCGCCCGCUUCCCCCUGGAGCUGCUGCGCGACGGCAGCCGCCUGCCCCAGCUCGCCCUGCUCGACCUCUCGGCCAACCGCCUCCGCAGCUUGCCCGUCGGCGAGCUGCAGGCGCUGCCGGCCUGGCUGCGCGACCGCCUCUACCUGCACGGCAACCCGCUGGCCUGCGACUGCCCGCUCUUCCAGCUGUUCGCCCGCGGCUGGCGCCGCCGGCUGAGCGCCGUGAUGGAUUUCCAGGAGGAGCUGCGGUGCUCGCUGCCCACCGCCCCGGCGCCCGUCGGGAUCCUCGCCCUGGCCGGGCGGCAGCCGCUCAACUGCAGCGAGGCGCGGGAAGCGGUGCUGGAAGCCCACCUGGGUGACACGGUCACCCUCAGCUGCGACACCCGGUUGCGGGGGGUGCGUAGCCGGCACUGGGUGACGCCGGGAGGCGAACGGGUGCUGCAGGAAGGCGGCAACGGCAGCGCCGCUCUCCUGGCGAACGGCAGCCUGCAGCUGCGGGCGCUGCGCCCCGAGGACGCCGGCACCUACGCCUGUUGGGUGGGGGGUCCCCUCCUCAACGAGACCCUUUACGUGGAGCUGCUGGUGCACAACUUCACCCUGCACGGUCCCCACGACACCCUCAACACCGCCUACACCACGCUGGUGGGCUGCAUCCUCAGCGUGGUGCUGGUGCUCAUCUACCUGUACCUCACCCCUUGCCGCUGCUGCUGCUGCCGCGGCACCGACAAGCCGCCGGCACCCCGCGACGACAGCAUCAACUCCUCCGUCCUCAGCACCACCCCCAACCACGCCACCGGUGUCCCCGGGGAGCCUUGCCGGUCCCGGUCACCCUCCACCGCUGGCCCGGGGCAGAACGGCAGGUUCAAGGUGGGGGGGACCCCCCAGCCGCCUCCCCGGCACGGCCCCAAGGUGCAGAGGAAGGUGUCGGAUCCGGACUCGGUCAGCUCCGUCUUCUCCGACACCCCCAUCGUGGUGUAAGGGGCUGGGGGGGGGGGGGGAAGGACACACAUCACGGGGACGGUCCCCAGGGACACCCCAUGUCCCUGCCACUGUUGAGACUUGUCCCCAGUGGAUGCGCUGCGAGCAGGAGGGGCAGCCUGGACCCCCCCCCCAUCGCCACGUCCCCCCCAGUUUGGAGGAGGAGGAGGAGGGGGGGGUUGGGGGUGACAUGCCAUCACCCUACCCCCCUCCCCGGACUGAGCAUCGCUGCUGCCCACCCGCACCGUUCUCUGCCAAGGUCACCCCCACCGUGGGACCGCGAGGGACAAGUGGGGGACAGCGUGGGGGGGGGGGCACCGGCCCCAUUGCCCACCAGGCUCCACAGGACCAUGGGUGACAGCACCCAGUGCCCCCCCCCGCCCCCUCCAGGGACAGCAGCACUGUAUGUGUGUGUAUGGGGGGGGGGGUGGGGGGUGUCCCCCCACUUUGGCAGGGCAGCCACCCCCCCUCCCCAGCAUGUGUAUCGCGAAGCAUGAGUCCCACGGGGGGAGCAUGUGCCACCCCGGCCAACGCUUGGCUGGGACACACACACACACACACACACACACAUACAUGGGGCAUGUCACCCCCCCACCCCCACCCCGGGGGUGCAACCCCUUCCCCCCAACACCUUCCUGACACCCCCCUGCAACCCACAGCCACCCCCCCACCCUGCAAGGAGCAGGAUCCCAGGGGCUGUGGCACUCCAAAGGGGGGUACCCCCUGCAACCCCUGGCCCUGCACCCCAGCCCGUGUCCCCUGUGUCGUCCCCCCCCCACACACACACCACCCCCAGGCCGUGUGUGUGUCCCCCCCCCACUGGCAGCUGCCUGCUGAUGCCUUGGCCAAAAUAAACGUGUUUCCCCAUCGUG